AUGCGUACGACUUGUGACUCUCCCGCGGUAUCCGCUCUGUUCACGGCCCGCGAUUUUGGCAAUCGGAUGAGCUAUUUCACGGCUUCACUGCCCAUGACUCCCCUGUGGUUCAACGGAUGGCAACCCAAAUCGGCUGGUACGACUUUUGCAGCUUGCUUAGGCUUGUUCGGUUUAGCGAUCCUUCACAAACUAUUGGGUGCAUUGAAACAUCAAGCCAACCUUGCGUGGUCAAAGGCUGCUCAUAGAAAAAAGCCUCGUUCACAUCUCGCUGGUGACGAUAAAUCUGAUACGAUCACCGGAUCUCUAUCAAAAAGCGCCCAUCAUGCUGUCCCGUGGAUUCCUGAACAUGAAAUCCCUAGAGGUAUUCUUGCGGCUAUACAUUACGGAAUAGGAUCUUUCCUCAUGCUUGCGGUCAUGACCUAUAAUGCUUACUUCUUCAUUGCGAUCAUCUUGGGUGUGUUUGCUGGAGAAGUCGCUUUUGGUAGAUGGACUGCAUCAAGUCGUGGUCAUUGAUGAAAUUUCUUUCACUUUCACAAACAAAUUAAUCUCUUCUUUUGUUUUCGGUUGCGCCAAUCAUCUCAAUCCCCACUCAGUCUAUUUUUAUUUUUCCCUCCUGUAUUUCAUCAUCACCAUUAUACGAACUCUGGUAUGCUACGGUCGCUCAAGGCUGUUUCCAACUACUCCCUGGCCCUGGGCCCAAUUUUGGGGGUUCCGAUUUUGAUUUUUUUGAUUUUUUUUGUAUUUUGACCUCGUCAAAUCUUUGAGAACCCAACAAAGUAGACCACAAUUAAAUCCAAU